AGAAGGGAACCGGGAAGACCAUGACUCUGUGUCACGUGGUUCACUACUGCACAAGGCAAGGCUGGCUGGUGCUGCACAUCCCGGACGCUCAUCUCUGGGUGAAGAACUGCAAGGAGCUUAUGCAGUCUUCCUAUAACAAAGAACGGCUCGAUCAGCCUUUGCAAGCAUCUUUCUGGCUCAAGAACUUCAAAACCACCAACGAGCGCUUCCUAAGAGAGAUAAAAACACAAAAAACAUACGUGUGGGGCAAACGAGACAGCACGGAGGAGGGCAGGCCGCUGGGUGAAGUGGUGGAGCAGGGCUUAGCUCGGGUGAGAAACGCCAGCGACGCGGUCGGGGUUGUGCUGAGAGAGUUAAAGCAGCAGUGUCAUCUCGGCUCGUUCCGGCUUCUCGUGGCAGUGGACGGCGUCAACGCGCUCUGGGGAAGGACGACGCUAAAGAAGGAAGACAAAAGCCCUGUGUCUCCAGAGGAGCUGACGCUCGUGUACAACCUAAGGAAGAUGAUGAUGAACGACUGGAACGGAGGUGCUGUUGUGACCACCCUCAGCCAGACGGGCUCACUCUUCAAACCCAGUUCUGCCUAUUUGCCCCAGGAGCUGCUGGGAAAGGAGGGGUUCGACGCGCUGGACCCCUUCGUGCCCAUCCCGGUCCCCAACUACACUCUGCAGGAGUUCGAGAGCUGCUACCACUACUACCUCGACCGCAAGUGGCUGCAGCACGAGAAAGGUGAGCUCCUAGGUGUUCCUCAGGG